AUGACCAAGCAGGAACUUCUCGAGAAGUUCUCAAAGGCCAGGGUACGCAGCACACACAAACACACACACACACAAGCACACACCUUUUCUCCCAGGUCUGUGUGUGUGGUGUGGUCCGUCAGUCGCUGGCAGACGCCCUUCCUGACGACGAGGACGUGAAGAACCUCAAGGAUUCCCAGAUCUGGCGCACCUACGCCUUGGCCAGUGACGUGAGCGGCAGCUGCGUGCUGGGCGAGGGCGUCCUUGCCCGAGUAACGACUACGCCGAGGCGUAAGGUCAAAAAGAUAUGCGGAUGUGUGGAUGUGUGGAUGUGUGUUACAGGGCUGGAUGAGAUAUACCCGUGGCUGUCACCCGUCACCCAGGUACAUGGCACGACCGACUGCAGCAUGCAGGCGCUUCUGCCUCCCCUUCGUGUGCAGUGAGAGAGAGAGGUUCUGACCUGCGCCACCAAUGAGGAGACAGGCCAGCCCAGUGAGGCAGAAUGCCAAGUGGGCAGCCAGAAGGCCCUGGAGGGUGUGUUGCAGCCGGAGGUGAACAAUCGUGUGGAGAGGGUGGGAAAGCGGUCGGUAGCGGUCGGUCGAUGGACAGGCUGCCUUUGAGCUGCCGCCUGAGCGGCUGACUGGAGGUGUGAACAUGUUCUUGGGCGUAUGCGGUCGUGAUGCCGCGGGUCUGGUGCUUCAGGAUGAUGGCGAAGAAUCUGGAUCGGAGGUGGAGGUGGAGCUGGAGGUGCACGCCACGGGGUUUGAAAAUAUAGAUGGCGUAGUUGAGGCUGUCUUCCUACAGCAACCCGGCCGCUGAGCGUGUGUGUGUGUGUGUGUGUGCAGUGGCGAGCACCCUGUUUGAGAUCGUGUUGCGUCGCGUGCGCGAGGAGGUUGUCGAUGGCGACGUGUCAGAGGAAACCAGGAUGCGCCAGAGGGCUAUCGCAAAGGUACGCACCCCCACAUCUACAGCCACACACACACACACACAGCCCCUCCCUCUCCCCACCAUGUGCCAAAACCCAUGAUGGAUGUGCGCGUGUGUAGGAGUUUGGUGUGUGUGUGUCGUCGUGCGGCCAUGUGUCGGGUCACCUGGGUGGCUCGAUGGACGACGAUGACGACCAGGAGGACCCUGACACACGACUCAGAGGUGGGUCAGUCAGAUCGGGCAUGGCACGGUGGUGGACUGUCUGUCUGUCCUCUCUCCUUCGUAUGAGUGCAUUGCUUCCCUCCCUCCCUCCCUCCCUCCCUCCCUCUCUCCCAUUUCUGUACGUACAUCCUUUCUGCAGCAGGUCGCAUGUUGGAGAUGGCCUUCAAACACCUGAGCCAGCUCAUCAACGACGAGGGGCGCCCGGAAGGUGAGGGGCCGGCCGGCCGGGUGUGUGGGGGACGCUCACACGCACCAUGCCUGCCUGCGUCUGGUUUGCCCAGAGUUGCGUUGGGAGGUCCUCGAGAGCUGCGUGCCGGCCGCCCUGAGCCCCUCUGUUCACAAUGGGGAGUGGCACCGCGACCAUCAGGUGAGCUGAGCGAGAGCGACAGACGGCACCAUCCGCCGCCCGUAUGUGUGUGAUCUCUCCCUCCCCUUUUGUCUCUCUGCUUGAGCGUCAGAACGCGGCGCUUGCCCGCGGUGCGGUGGGGGAGAUGAUGGACCUGGCCGCUGACGCCUGUGAUGCCACUGUAGCGAAAGAGGUGAGCUGUGCAUUGCACCACACACACGUGCACACCAGGGUUGUGGGUGGUGUGUGUAACCCAGGUUACACACACCACACUUAGUGUGUGUGUGCAGGACCCUGGCGCGCCCGAGAUGACCCCCGUGUCGCUCAUCGCCCUCCAUGCCCUCAGAAAACUCGAACGUUAGACAACAACAAGUGUGUUGACAGAUUUGUUGAUGCCCUUGUCUUGUCUUGUUUUGUGUUUUGUGUGCGCAGCGGCUGUUGUGUUCCACAUCGUGGGUCCUCUGGUGGCUCAACAAAUCAGCAGUGAGGAUCCCGCAGCCGUCAAGGCCAUACACAUAGAGGUCAGCCAGCCAGUCAGUCGACCAAACUAACAAAAGGGGCUGGACGACCGAGGGAAUACUCAUUCUCUCAUUCUCAUUGCUGUCUGUGUGUCUGUGUGUGCAGAUGGCGGCUGCAUACCUCACACGCGCCGACGACUUCGACAGCAACGACCAAGCGGCCUGUCGCGAUGUACGCUCACACACACAUCACAUCAGACCACACCACAUCACAUCCAGCCUGGCCGCCUUCAGCAGAUGUCCAGCAAGAUCCGUCGAGUGGCCUUUGCUCGCGACCGAGCGGGCGUGUCCACUCGCGCCAAGGCCCUCAUCCACCUCACCUCGUCAAUCGCCAAGCUCCCCCACUACGUACACUCAACACCACACACACACACACACACCAUACCACACACACGUGAGAUCUCUCCCUCUGUCUGUGCUGUGUGUAUGGGUGUGCAGAUGCAGCAGGUCGAGAGCCGCAACCUCUUGGCCGCGUGUGUCAAGGAGGCCGAGGCACUCGCCAUGGACCGCGCUGUGCUGCUGACGUGCAUCAAGGACGUCGUCAUGCGGCUGGGUCCGCGGCCGUCGCCGAUAAACUCGCCGUCAGACGAGCUCGACGGCGGGAAGGAGCUCCGGCAGAGCCUCCCGGGGGUCGUCAGCGAGUGCAUGCGGCACCUGGGCAAACAGAGACCUGUCGGCGACAAGGCCCUGAAGACUCAGGUACACACACACACACACACACAGAGAGAGAGAGAGAGAGAGACGGGUGUAUGGCUGUGCGUGUGUGUGGAAUUGGCAGCACACCGCCGUCGACAUCAUGACCGAGAUCGUCGAGGUCAGCAUACUACCACAGGACAGACAAGUAGUCUCGUGUGGUGUGUGAUGUGCCACACGUGUGUAUGUGUGUGUGUCUUUGUUUGUUUUGUUUGUCAGAAAUGGCCUGCAGCUCUUGGGCGGGAUGGCGUGACGGGCCAGCUCAUCGACUACCUCCUCAACGUAGCACUGGUAACUGCACAGCACACACACACAUCCAUCCAUCCAUCCCAUCGAUCAGUUCAGACGGCUGAGGCUCUCUGUGUGUGUGUGUGUGUCUCAGAGUGUGGGUAUUGACGUGUCCAAGUGGAUGUGCGGGACGCGCCAGCUGUUCGAGAGCGAAAGAAAGAAAGAGACACACACACCGAACGGCGAUUAACUGGCGUCUCUGAUUGUGGCGCCACUCGGGAGCGGAGGUACCUAUCGAAUGUGCCUGAAAGUCCACUCAGCGUCCAUGGCCCUUUGUCUCGCUGUCUGUGACUGUCUUUGUCUUUGUCUUUGUCUUUGUCUUUGUCGUUUAGCGCGGAAGCAGAGGCCCGAGAGGGCGGGGUCGGCCCGGGCGGCUGCCGCAUUCGCCGCUGACGAGGAGGAGGGCGACAACGAGGCGGCGAAUGCGACAGGUGACGAGGACUCCAGCCCAAGCAGCGGGCCGAAGGGAGGGAGACGCCCCAAGCUUCUCAGGAUGCUGGAUGACAUCGACUUCCAGGGUAUGCAUCAAUGCGGGAACGGAUAAGCAUGUCGAGCCUGUCUCUUUAUUGCAUGGUGUGCGAACAGACUACGAUGUUGCUGUGUGGGAUAUCCCGAGAGGUGUUGAUGUACGCUCAAGACACAGACACAAAGAGAGACCAUUUAGAUGGCUGCCAUGUCUCUUGUUUGCAUGUGUGUGUCUCCAGCGGCAAGUCAAGCGUGCGCUCCGAGGUUCUGCAGCCCAAGCCAUUGCCAAGUGGCGAAAAAUCGAUGCGCUUGGCCUGCUGCUCGUCACGGUGAGGGGGGCAGGAGAGGAGAAGAAGAGAGCCGUGAGCCUCCUGCUCCGCCUGAACACCAAAUAUGUCCAGCGUAAGCACCACGUCACAGACAUUCACGGCAACUGAAUGUGGUGAUGCCUCGUGUGUGUGUGUUUCAGAUGAAUGUAACAAAGACGACACCCAAGUUCAAAAAUAACAAACUCGCCGAGCUGUGGGAGGGUAAACUAACACCAAAUUACCUCCCUGCCGGCACCACUGUUGUCUUUGUUGUUUUGUCAAAUGCAGACUAUUACAAUACCAAGAAGGAGUAG